UAAAAAGUUAUUUUUCAAUGUUUAUUAUGUCUCUUUUUUAGGUUAUUUGAGGUGAAUUAUGAAAUUAAAGGUAAUAUCUUAUUUAGGAAUUCAGGGAAACAGACCAUGGGUUCCAAGUGUACGCUGCCCGUCCUACCAGCCUGCUGCUGUUGCCAGCUGCGCACAGGGUGUCUUAUUUAUGGAUAUUUGGUUAUUGUAAUAUGCGCAUCAUCAAUGCUUGUAUUUAUAUGUAUAAAGUUCAGUCCGUUUAUUGAUAGUGAGAAGCUGAGUGCGAAGGAUUUGACGAUAUCGCUCAGUGUGAACAGUGUUUUGAUAGCAUUGAAUAUUGUUCUGGUCGUCGGUCUACAUAGGGAAGUGGCGGCAUUGAUCAAGGCGUACUGUUGGCUACUCGUUGUACUGCAAGUGAUGUUCGCUGUUCUCACGUUCGCCCUAGUGUUCAGAGCUGUGCUACAGCAUCUCUAUUGGCUAAUACUUCUAUAUUUGGGGAUUUUCUUCUUAUUUACAGUGUAUAAUUUUGGAGUGAUAAUGUACACAAGAAGCGCCUACAUUCAAAUGAAAGAGUAAGAACAUAGAACAACGCGAACUCGGGUGUACUAAGAAGAAUGACCAACUAAUGAACAUGCUUAGACAGCGCGACUUUUUACCGUGAGCUCACGACGAGCUUCCAGCGGUAAUACCCUGAUUACACCUGCCGAGUAGACCGGCCGGGUGCUAGCCGUUCAUUGGUCGACGGUCGGGGGAUACUGUCUCACCAGUCUCCCUGCCGAGUAGAGUGGCCGAGUGCUAGCCGUUCAUUGGUCCACGAUCGAGGGAUACGUCCAGUUCGUCAGUACGCCAGUAGGUAUAUAGAAUGCGUGGCUCGACUAGAGUUUUGUCGCGUUUGCCUCGUCUGUGGAGAUCCACUUACUCCGUGGAAGCCACGUUCAGACACGCAUUCACACGAUGAGAACUGUGGUAAAACGAUAUAGGUACAAGGUACAGUUUGAUCUGUAUCCAGAAGCUUGGUUUUAUAAAUGCAACUAGCAAUCAUUGUUAUUGUCAAUAGCAAUAAAAGUAUUAAUAAAGGUUUAAAUAAAGAGGUUCUUAGUGUAGGUAUAUGAACGUUUUUAAAUAUUUUAUUCAAUAAAUAAAUGGUUGACUAUAUAGUGAGUGCCUAAAAAAAUAAAUUUUAUAAUACAACAAUAAUAAAAUUAUUUUUUCUCUUCUUCUAUCUCCAAAUAAGCACCUCUUACACGACAUGCUAAUAAAUAGAAACCAACUGCAACAAAGGUAGUCCAUUAAUAUGUUAUCUUUUAUUCGUAGCAGAUUACUACAAAAUACUAUUUCGCACACACAUAUUACACUCAUGGGCAAUGAAAAGGUUAAACUGAGAAAAUCAUCAAAUUACU